AUGGGCGGCUACCUGUCGACAUUCUCGUCGCUGUUCUGGAAGAAGAAGGAGAUUCGGAUAUUGAUAUUGGGGCUUGACAACGCGGGCAAGACAACCCUAUUAUACAGAUUAAAGAUCGGCGAAGUCGUCACCACCGUCCCCACAAUCGGCUUCAACGUCGAAUCCGUAACGUACAAGAACCUAAAUUUCAACGUCUGGGACCUCGGCGGCCAAACCUCCAUCCGCCCCUACUGGCGCUGCUACUAUGCCAACACGGCCGCAGUCAUCUUCGUCAUCGACAGCACCGACAUCGAGCGCCUGUCGACGGCCGCCGAGGAGCUCGCCGCCAUGCUCAACGAGGAGGAACUCCGCGACGCGGCCCUGCUCGUCUUCGCAAACAAGCAGGAUCAACCCGGCGCGAAGGGGGCCGGGGAGAUCAGCGAGGCGCUAAGGUUGGGCGAACUGAAAGAUCGGAAUUGGAGUAUUGUCGCGUGCUCGGCGAUUGAUGGGCGGGGGAUUACAGAGGGCAUGGAUUGGUUGGUGCAGACGGUGAAUAAUGAGGCGUAAUCGGAUAGAGGAGAGAUGUUUGGGGUUUGGAUGUUUAGAUCGCGCGAUACCAGCAUGGUGGAGUUUGGGCGUCUUAUUUUCGGAUCUCAGAGAUACAUAUACGGUGGCGCUAGGAAAGAAUAUAAUAUAAAGGACUGUUGUCAUAAUAAUACUGAUCACACUUCGUUUCAAGACAUUGUUGACAGCUCCCCGCUAAAAAUCAUUGUAGGUAUCACAAAUGCAUAAACAUACCAACACAAAAUCCUCCGAAACCCUAGCAAAAUCCCAA